UCUACUGCCAAAGGCCACACAGAGAAAGAACAAUGGAGUCUGCUAAAUCAUCAAACAUCUAUAGCCACCAAAAUGUCAUCGUGAUGCGUCACGGUGAUCGACUCGACCGUUCCGAGUCACUCUGGACUUCGAAAGCUGAGAGACCGUGGGAUCCACCGCUUACUCAGGUCGGUAUGGAUCGUGCGUUUAGAACCGGUCAGAGAAUCCGGUCUCAGAUUGGGUUUCCGAUUCACCGUGUCUUCGUCUCCCCUUUUCUACGCUGCAUCCAGACCGCUUCCGAAGUCGUUGCCGCUCUCUCCGCCGUCGGUUUAGAUCCCAAAGCCAUGUCGUCUAAAGACGUCCUUUGCAUGGACAACAACACUAAGCUCAAGGUAUCGAUUGAAUUUGGAUUGUGCGAGGUACUGAACACAAGCUGUAUGGAGAUUGAAGUUGUUCCCGAAGAUGGGAAAUUUGAUUUCAAGAUCUCAGAUCUUGAAGCUAUGUUUCCUAAGGGAACAGUGGAUUCUAAUGUGGAUAUGGUUUGUGAAGAGUUGCCACAAUGGGGAGAAUCUUCACAAGGCUUCAAGGAUCGAUAUUUUAAUACAGUGAAGGCUCUCGCGGAGAAGUAUCCUUCUGAGAACUUGCUCAUAGUCACUCAUUGGGGAGGAGUAAGUGUUGCACUUUACAACUACUUCAAAGAUGCAACUAAGUACAUGGUAGAUUAUUGUGGUUCUGUUGAAAUGAGAAGGCAGAUUUUGAAUAGUGAUGAUGGGUUUGCCAAAUUUGAGGUGGUUACUAGUCAUGGAGUGUCUUACAAGGACAACAACAGCCCAAUCCAUGAUCCUGUUGUGAGCCAAUCACCGGUUUAGCUGGUUUGUUUGUGAAUAUUUUUGGUUUCACUCUUUUUUUAUUCAAUAUAUACACAACACAAGAAUUGUCAAAAAAAAAAUAUACACAAUACAAGAAUUAUGAUGUUACAGAGUUGGUUAAAAAAAAUGUAUUAUGAUGUUACAGUUAUUUUCCUUUUCUUCCACAAAAUUUACAAAAGUAGCACAGAAGAAAAUGUUUUGUAAUUUGUUUUGUUUGUAUGAUAAGAAAAUUCAUUCUACAAAAAUUUGUCAGAACAUGCUUAAUGAAGAUUAUCUUUCU